AUUUAAAACCUCUCUCUCUCUCUCUCUACAAGUUUCCUUCUCUACCCAUCUCCUCUGUUUUUUUCUUGCUCUGCUCUAAUGGAGGAACAAAACUGGAUAAGAGGACCAAUCAUUGGCCGGGGAUCAACCGCCACCGUCUCACUAGCAAUCACAAACUCCGGUGAAUUCUUCGCCGUCAAAUCCGCAGAGCUUUCUUCAUCGGCGUUUUUGCAGAGAGAACAAACGAUCUUGUCGAGUUUGAACUCUCCUUACGUAGUCAAGUACAUUGGGUUCAAUACGACGACAGAGAACAACAAACUGAUGUAUAACCUCUUGAUGGAAUACAUUCCCGGCGGGAGUAUUCACGAUUUGAUCAAGAACUCCGGCGGGAAGUUGCCGGAGCCGGAGAUUAGAUUCUACACGCGACAGAUUCUGAAAGGGUUGAUGUAUCUUCAAGAACAAGGAAUCGUUCAUUGCGAUUUGAAGAGCGAUAAUGUUAUGAUCGGAGAGGAAACAGCGAAGAUCGCCGAUUUGGGCUGCGCAAAAAUGGCGGGAAACGGGAGUUUGGAGUUUUCCGGUACACCGGCGUUUAUGUCGCCGGAGGUGGCGCGUGGAGAAGAACAGAGUUUUCAGGCUGAUGUGUGGGCUUUGGGGUGUGUGGUGAUAGAGAUGGCUACGGGUUCGAGUCCUUGGCCGGAGCUAAACGACGUCGUUGCAGCGAUUUACAAGAUUGGGUUCACCGGAGAGUCGCCGGAGAUUCCGGAGGUUUUGUCGGAGAAAGGUAGAGACUUUCUGAGGAAGUGUAUGGUAAGAGAUCCGAAACAGAGAUGGGAUGUUGAAGAGUUGCUUCAACAUCCGUUUUUGGAGGAAGAAGACCAAUCUCAAACUCAGUUUGGUUGUGGUCUGAAGAAUUAUUCUCCUAGUACUGUGUUGGAUCAAGGUUUCUGGGAUUCAUGUGAAACCUCGAGAACUCGGUUAAUUCAAGCGGACUCUUCGAGUUUAUGGGAGUCUUCAGCGACUGACCGAAUCAAGAAACUCGUCGGCGAUGAGAAUCCCGGCGAAACUACGGCGGAGGAUGGUUGGAUUGAAGUUAGAGGCAACGGAGAGAUAGAGAAAAGUAAUGAAGGCGAUAACGAAGAUGUCGAUUGCGUUGAAGCAACGUCAUUGGAGGAGGACGAGGUGGGAGGCUUUGAGAAUUGGAUCUGGGAUCAAGAAGACAGCUUGUUCUUGGAAUAUUCUUCUUCCGAGAACAACAUUUUUUAUUUUUACUCUAAUGACCUCUUUCAUGAGGAUAAUAUAAUUCUUUAUUAUGAUCAUCUUGAAGAUGGGUUUGUACACAAAGAUGACAAAAUUCUUGACGAUAAUACUAAGAAUCAUAUCUUUAAUCACAUUACAAUGAUUAUACAAGUUAGUAUAUCUAAAUCGAUACCAUUUGAUAGUUACACCGAACGCUAGACUUGCAAUUUUGUAGAUAGUAAAAAUGUUCUGUAUAUGUGUUUAGAACAUAGGCGAGAUUGCCCAAAAAAACAUAGGCGAUUAUGUCAACAUUUAUGACUUGUCAUCGCUUAUUGACUACUCAUUUGUUGCAUGAUUUGGUUCCACAUUGAGCUCUCUUUACAUAGCCAAGUAGAUUAUAAUUUUAGAAAUGCAACUACAAGAUGAUUUCAUACUCUACUAAACAACAUUACGGUUUGUGUUUAGAAAUUAACAUUAUGUUGGUGGGUAUAGUGUUGAUUUUCUAGACAAGAGACCAAAUAGUUGUUAAAAAUGGAGGAGCAGAUGAUGCAGUUAACCUAUUAACAACUAUAAUAGCGAGUUACAAAAUGGACGAGUAGAUGAUGCAGUUAACCUUUGAUUAUGUUCAGAUAUACAAAUUGUUCUAAGAAGUAAAAAUAAAUGAUAAAGAUAUAUAUGUAUUCUCUGUUAACUUAAUAAUAGAAGUAAAUAAAUAGAUGUAAAGGUACUAGACAAUUUGGAAGCUCCAUGUAAUUAGUAUGUGUCUAACUUCUAAGGUUUAUAGAAAUAAUUAUAUGAUAAUUUACCGUACUUGUAAUCUUUUGAGAUUUUUAAGUUUUGAAAGGUUAGGUGAUGGUAAGUGGUUACUGGUGAUGGUAUAACACAGGGGAAAGUCGUCGUCGGGUUGAUAUGUUUUCUGCCUUCUGGUGAGGAAUUUAAGUACGGAAACCACUCUCCAUAAUGAAUUGGACUUUAUGCUAAGUCAAAUUAUUUUAGUUGGUCUAACAUUUAUCUACUCCUAUUAUUUUCAAGUAUUUUAAUAUUAUUUUUGUGUUUACCAAAACCACAACGGAGUUUACAUUCAAAUGCGAAACCAUAAGACUUUUCUGGGGUCUCUAACCGAAGCUGGCGUUUACUUUCUACACAGUACACACUAAUCAAAGUCUGGUAUUUCUUGACCAGGUUCAUUGAGGUUGACUUUAAUUUCGGUCCUCUAUAUAUGUGAUGCCUUUCAUUAGUUAAAAGAUUAAAACAACCAAAGUCGUCUAAAGUCAGCUUUUUCUGAUUAAAUUUAUAAGUUCGAAAAAGCAAUUUGUUGUUUCAUAACUUGUCUUUUAGUUUUUUUUUUUUGAAACACACUUGUAUUAAAUCCUCAAAUCAAAGUAGGUGGAGAUAAUAAAGCCAGUUCAACAGACAAACUCUGUUUUGCUAGCAUAUCAGCUUCAAUGUUUUUUCCACGGGUAAUCUAGCUAAAAAAGAUAAACUCAAAACAAGAAGAUAAAGAUAGGAUAUCAGCCAAGACCCCAUAGAGGCCAGCUAGAGAGGUUUUCGCCUUGAUUGCCUUGAUUAGAACUGCCGAGUCCGAUUCACACCUGAUCCUCGCAUGUCCUAGUUCCCGGCAUUUCCAGAUGGCUUCUCGUAGAGCCAGAGCCUCCGCAGCCAAAGCUGUUUUCACAUAGUGAGCAGGAGCUGAGAAUUGAGCGGUUCCACUCUGAUUUUCCACUGUCCAUCCCAGACCUGCAAUGUUUAAAGAUUCUUUCCAGGCAGCAUCAAUUUUAACUAGGACGCAACCCGCAUUUGGCGUGAGCUUUUGCGCCGUCGGACUCUUCAUUGGGGCAAUCUUUUGUUGAGCAGAUCCCCAUUCU